CCAUGGCAGGUUCCCUUUAUCAGCUUAUUGUUGCCAUGCUAAUUCACGAGUACGGAGUUAAUGGCAACUUGUUUGGUUUGAACACUGAUGGGAGCAUGGCAUUUAAUGAGAACGACCUUUCCAAUUCUCCUAUUUCUGGUCUUUCGGAAUAUUCGGCCAAUGACAUGUUUUCAAAAUCUGAUGACAUUGAUCUGUCCAAACUGAUGGAAGCAGUUGAUGAGCUAAAAAGACGUCUGCAGGAACUGGAAACCGAGAAAGCUGAUCUCCUGGUAGUCUGUAACGAGGUAACCACAUUGGCUGCACAGACAGCACAGGCUGCGAGCCAAUCGGCGGGGACAGCAGAGACUGUAGAUACGUCAAAUUUAGCGGUUAUCGGCGAGCUAGGAGGCGCGCAGUCCAAAAUCAGCCAAUUGAAAACGGCCGUGGAGACUCUUGUUAAAAAGGAAUCCAGUGGAGUAUCCACAAUCAAUACUGCAUCAGAAAUUAAAACUGACGUGAGCAAAGCAACUAAGACCGUGAAUGAGUAUACACAACGAAUUUCCUAUCUCAAGAAACAAACCGGUAACCUGAAAUCAAUGAACGCUCAACAAACUGACGUUGAAACAAGUACAGCCAAUGGUUGUCCAAGCGGCUUUACAGAAAUCGAAGGUCAUUGCUAUGGACAACCUUCUUUUAUAGCAUCUCAACCAAGCUGUCAUGCAAUCUGCGCCGCAGUGGGAGCAUAUCUCGUACAACCGGAAACAAAGUCCGAAUGGGAAAAUGUUAAAAACUUUAUUAAUCAGCAUGGAGGCGAGUCCGUGUAUAUCGGUUUGACUGAUGCGUUGGUUGAAGGACAGUGGACGUGGAGUCACGGCGGUAAGCUACUCUCUUCCGCGAUGAACAAAUGGAUCUGGUCUCCACAGCAACCCGAUAACUGGUGGAACUCAGAACACGUCAUCGACAUGGUCAACUGGCAGGGUUUCACCUUCAACGACCUCAGCUGGGGACAGAAGUUCUAUGCUGUUUGUGAAAUCGGCGAAGACGAAAAUGGGCAAUGGGCAAUGAAAUGACAUCGAGGAAGGCAAAGACGAAUAAUUUCUUUUGAAAUAGACGAAUAUUAGUGUGUUUUCGACAUUUAUUGUUCAGGCAGCUCAUUCCAGUUUGAUUUUUGUUCCUCCAGUUCCGGUCUGUACCCCCAUAGUAGGUAUAUCAAACAGCAUGGUAUGUGCUGUCCUGUAUGUGGGAACAGCACAAAUAAAAGAUCCGUAGCUGC